GCCGAAGAGGCCUCCGCGUGCGCCACUCCCGCCCCACUCCGCGGUCGCGGCCGCUCUCCAGGGCGUCUGUAAACACACCCAGAGACUGUCAUGGAGGGGGAGGAGGAGGCGGCGGCGGCGAAGGGAGGCGACUGGGGCCGCCUCCGGGGUCCGCUCUGCCAUUCCUAAACUGGUCCCUCGUCCCCGUGGCUGUGGCAUCAGGGAAGCGAACUGUUAGGCGAGAGGAGGAGGCAGUCAGAACCAUAUCCCCUUCUUCCCCGGGGCGGGGGCCGGGCCGGGCCGGCUGAGCCGGGGGAGGGCCCCGGGAGGGAGUGCCUGGCCGGGCCGGCCAGCCAGUCUGCCGAGAUGGAUGACAGUAAGGUGGUUGGAGGCAAAGUAAAGAAGCCAGGUAAGCGUGGUCGGAAACCAGCCAAAAUUGACUUGAAGGCAAAACUUGAGAGGAGCCGGCAAAGUGCAAGAGAAUGCAGGGCCAGAAAAAAGCUCAGAUAUCAGUAUUUGGAAGAAUUGGUAUCCAGUCGAGAAAGAGCUAUAUGUGCCCUCAGAGAGGAACUGGAAAUGUACAAGCAGUGGUGUAUGGCAAUGGACCAAGGAAAAAUCCCUUCUGAAAUAAAGGCCCUACUCACUGGAGAAGAGCAGAACAAAUCUCAGCAGAACUCAAGUAGGCAUCCCAAGGCGGGGAAGACAGAUGCUAAUAGCAAUUCCUGGUGAAGAUCAUAUGAAAUGAUGAGUCAGUGAUUGAAUCCAAUUUUCUGAUUCCCAUGGAGGAUGGAUGGGCAAGAGUGUACUUCUUGACUCCAUUUACUACCUACUGCUCAGUAGUCAUCUCUGUAAAUCUCCAGUUUCUACCAGAAUGUUUGAACAUAGGUCUCAAAGGAUCUUGCUUUAACUUUCAACACUUAGAAAAUUUAUAAACGUUCAGAGUUGUUUUGGUUGGUAUUGCCACCUGUGAUAUUUAACACAUUGUGAUGCUUGAAAACACGGAUAGAGAAAAAUGGGUAAAGAUUAUAUUUUUGCACCUUAUCUCCACAUUGCUUUAUCAGUUAAUUUAUAUUCUUUCCAUGUAAGUCAUGUAAUUAUAUGUGUAAAUGUGUUUAGGUGUCACUUCCUUUCCUGUUUUUGAUUGCCCUUCAAAGAGAAACCAAAUGAGCUGAUUACUGACUGUUAAGUUCUCAGCCUUUACGGACCUAAUCUUAUAUCUAUGUAUUUACUUGAGCAAUGUUUAUUUUCCGCAUGAACCAUGAUUUCUCCUGUGAGCCAUUCCAGCAUAAGCUGUGAAUAUGUUUUAAUGAAUAUAUACAUUUCUAUUUUUAUAAUCCUUAAAGAUACGCCUGCUUUAAGUAGUACACAUGUUAACGAAAUCUAUCAGGAAAACCCUUAAGACAGCCUAUGUUUAAAACUUUGUUGCUGUCUUCUCAAACUAUAUUUAUAAAAGUUUGCUAGGGCCAAAUCCAUACUUGGAGAAUAAUUUGUCAGAUUUUAUUUUUAAUUAAGAAGUAAUCUGUCAGGCAUUUCAGCAGCACACAUUAGUUUGACAACCUAGAAUUUGUACAAGUGUAUGUGCGUGUUUUCUAUUGUAUGUAUCCAUAUGUACGUGGGGAAGACAGAGUGAAUGUUCACACACAUUUUCCUGUGUACUCAAGUAAAUUGGAGAAUUUUUCUUAAGAAAACAGGAUG